AUACGCGAGGAACAGCCAAAAGGAACUUACGUCGGAAGCGUAGCCGAGAAAAGCCGCGUUGCUGAAGAAGUAAGUCCAGAGGAAUUGUCUUUGUUGGAAUAUUCUUUUCUGAACCCUUCAAAUGCUCAGGAUAAUGCUUUAUUCCGAAUUGACGGAAAUAAUGGAAAUGUGUACACAACUCGUCGAAUCGACCGAGAGGUUAUCUGUGAGAAUUCGUUAUAUUGUGAGAGAGAAGUUAUGGUCACAGUCAAAUCAAGUGUCAUCUCGCAUCUCAAAUUAUACACAAUAAAAUUUAUUAUUGUCGAUAUUAACGACAAUCAACCCACGUUUUCUACGGAUGUUAUCACUUUGUACAUUCCCGAAUCGGCUAUUGUUGGCACCAAGUAUGCUAUUGAGGGCGCCGUUGAUAAGGACAUGGGGCCUAACAACUCUAUACAAUCUUAUGAACUGCUGAAACCAAACAGCGCCUUCGGGAUUGAAUCUGAGAGGAAACUGGAUGGUAGUUCUAUUGUUAAAAUUGUUUUAUUGAGAAGAUUGAAUAGAGAAAAUCGAGAUCUUUACAAUUUCUUCGUCGUUGCUAAAGACGGUGGAAGCCCACAAAAAACCGGAAGCGUGACUAUAAACGUGAAUGUGCGAGAUAUAAACGACAAUAAACCAGUUUUUAGAAGACAGAAAUACAAUUUUAACGUGAAAGAAAACACUGGAGUCAAUUCAAUCAUUGGUCGAGUGAAAGCGACUGAUAAGGACAUUGGUGAAAAUGGUCGCGUGUCAUACCGAUUUAGCCCUUUAAGACCGGGAAGAUUAGAAGAUUUGCUGUCUAUCAACCCAGUGUCAGGCGAAUUAACGGUUAAAUCACAACUGCAGUACGAGUCGGGCAAAUCAUAUCAAACAAUUGUUGAGGCCGCAGACAAUGGUAAUCCGCCUCAAGUUUCUCAGACUGUGCUUCAUGUCAGGAUAGUUGAUACUGGAAAUAAUCCACCUAAAUUGAAACUAAAUCUCCAGUCCCCUGUUAAUGCCGACACAAUAUUGUUGAAAGAAGGAUCAAAGAUUGACAUGUUUGUUGGGCAUAUUAAAGUUGAAGAUCGAGACCCUGGUUCGAACGGCGUUGUCAUAUGUCGUUCUGAAAAUCCAUUUUUUCGAGUGCAGAAACUCGAAAGUAAAGGUUAUGCCCUUAUGAUAAGCAAAGUACUUGAUCGGGAAGAUACUGAUAAACAUAAAGUAGACAUAAUUUGUGAAGAUUCUGGUACACCUCGACUUUCAUCUUACGUGAGUUUCAACGUCGAAGUCACUGACGUUAAUGAUAUGGCGCCAAAAUUCUUACGUUCCUCUUACAAUGCAAGUGUGACUGAAGGUAUGGGGGAGGGUGUCGAAGUUUUACGAGUGAAGGCUUUAGAUCUCGAUUUGGGUGUUAACAGCCAAUUCAUAUAUCAGUUAACUUGGGACUCAAACUCCAUGUUCAAGAUAGACUAUGACACGGGAAUCAUUACGACUAAUGCUGUAUUUGACAGGGAGACAAUGACACAAGUGAAAUUUACAGUUAAGGCUGUAGAUCAAACGGACAAGUCAUUAGUUGGCACUACCACGGUUAUAGUUGACAUUUUAGACGUAAAUGACAACACGCCAACCAUCGAGGCUGAUAGCUUAAGAAUUGAAGUGCCGGAAAACAUCCCAAUCGGAGGAGACGUCGGUAAAUUAAUCGGAAGAGAUUUAGAUGCCGGUAAAAAUGCCAGAUUAAGUUUCCGAUUAACUGAUACGGACCCUCGCAUACCAUUCGUUGUAUUCAAAGACGGAACGAUCAGAACAAGUCGUCAAUUGGACAGGGAAGCACUUGAUCAUUACGAGUUUGACGUAACUGUUUCCGAUGACGGCGAUUACCCAUUAUCUUCUGGCGGUCACGUAAGAGUUCAUUUACUUGAUGUGAACGAUAAUCAUCCUGUCAUCGAGUUUCCCAAUUCGGAUAAUGAUAGCGUUAUUGUGGUUUCCGAUUUAACUCCAGGAAGUAUUGUCGCCAAGAUAAUGGCUUAUGAUGAUGAUUUGGCUGAAAAUGCUGAACUUUCUUACUCUUUUGUGGACGAAAAUUCACAAUCUAUGUUUAAACUGUCUCCCAGAAAUGGCGAAGUCAUUUUAGCCAGACGAAUUACUCCCGACGACAGAGAACGAUUACUUCUUAAAGUAUCUGUGCAUGAUUUAGGAUCGCCGCAAUUAGAAAAACGUCAAAAUCUUGAGAUUAAGAUUAUUUUCACAAACGCAACUUUGGCUGCUAGACAACAGGAAGUAUAUGGAUUUAAAUAUGUGAUAAUCGUCGGAGUAGUAGCAGGAAUCACUAUUAUAGUCUCUAUUAUUAUAGUAGUGGCUAUUAUUAAACUUCGUAGCACCAACAGGCGUAACAAU